AAGAAGGUUCUUGAACGCUCUAAAACCAUCUCCCAAUUACAUUACAAACAGGGUGACGAAACCCUAAACAGAUCGAGCGAGGAAGAGAACGCCGGAGAAAAUGUCGCACUUCGGGAGAACUGGCCCGCCGGACAUCGCUGAUACUUAUUCUCUCCUCGUCCUCAACAUCACUUUCCGUACCUCGGCGGAUGAUCUCUUUCCUCUUUUCGACAAGUAUGGGAAGGUUGUGGAUAUCUUCAUUCCCCGGGACAGAAGGACUGGUGAGUCACGUGGGUUUGCAUUUGUUCGUUACAAGUAUGCAGAGGAAGCACAAAAGGCUGUAGAUAGGCUGGAUGGAAGAGUGGUUGAUGGACGGGAAAUGGCUGUUCAAUUCGCCAAAUAUGGGCCAAAUGCAGAACGAAUUCACCAAGGGAGGAUCAUUGAGAAAGUUCCUGGAAUCAAGGGAAGCUCAAGAAGCAGAAGCCCUCGUAGAAGAUACCGUGAUGACUAUCAUAGAGAUAGAGAAUACAGGAGAAGUAGGAGCAGAAGCGUUGAUCGCUAUGAGCGUGAUAGAUAUCGGCAGAGAGAGCGGGACUAUCGCCAUCGGUCCAGGAGCCGCAGCUUAAGUCCAGACUAUGAUCGAGAUCGUGGCAGGGGACGUGACAGAAAACAUCAUAGGCGGAGCCCAUCAGUUGACAGUGCCUCCCCAGCUCGGCGUAGCCCCAGUCCUCACAGGAAAGAGUCUCCUCGUAGAAGCUUAUCACCUACAAAAGGAAGUCCUGAGAGGCGUGUUCGCAAUGAACGCUCUCCAACUCCUCGAAGUCGUUCCCCUCCAGGUCGAGAAAUGGAUUCACGAAGCCCUUCUCCUCGCGUUGAUGAGGUGAUAACAUGAG